CGGGCAGUGAUCAUUUACAAUUCGUUAAAAUUUCAAUAGAAACAUUUUCAAAUUAAUCAUAAUUACACAUUUAUGAAUAAACCUGUCUAUCAAUUUCCAAUUUGCACAAUUACACGGGCAUAUUUUUAUAUCUUUUCGCAUCGUAGGCGGCAUCGAGACACAACUAUCCUUGCAAACGUCGGUCGACCAAAAGUUUGUUAACAAAGUUAUAUUUUAUUGCAAGAUAUUGAUCAGAGGAUAAAUAGAGGAUUUAUUUAGAAUUGUUUACUGUAAAAUGUGGUGCAUUUAAUAAUAGUUUUGUGGUUUGUUCAAGAAUUUGUGGAAGAGAUGGAGAUUUCAUGAUAAUGGCUGCAGAUUUCUUGAUCGUGUCAAAUGUACGUCAAAUGUUUGUGAUGUAUAACAGCAUCAAUUUGUGAUGUUCCAAGACAACAAUGAUCGCUCCCACACCUUGGACUUAAUAAACUCUGAAGGAGAUUCUUGUCCCUGGUUUGGCUCAAACUUUAACAAAAAACUUCAAACUCAUCCUUCGAUCGAGAUGACAACAAGGAAAUAGCCAAACUGCAAGAGUUUCCGAAAGAAAACAUAUUAAGUCCAGUCGACUAUAUCAAAAUGAGCAACAGUACCAUGAAUCAGAGAAAUACUGCACAAACUGGUGGAAUGGUUUUGAAUGCGUGCAGGGACAAGACGAAUUCUUUGGAACGGAGGAGCAGUGAUGGUAGUAAUCCGAAUUAUAUGGAUAACAAUAAUUUGGAUCGGGGAGUUGUGAGCAAUGGACUCGGGAGGGAUCAGGUCAAGGUGCAGGAUGUUAGUGCUGUACCUGAUUCGACGACACAGGUCAACAAGGAAAAAUCAGCCAAGCUGUACAGUAUAGGUCAGGAUGUUCUCGUUGAUAUGGAUGGGUGCUUCUACCUAGGGACUAUAAACAGUGUAGAUGUACUAGGCGACCAAUGUCUUGUCAAAUUCGGCGACAACACAUUACGGUGGUACCCUUCCAAAGAAAUAAAUCACCUGAAAGUAAACAAGGCGGACAGUGGACCCUUGUGUGUCAUUUGUAAAACAUCCGAAGACAAGGAAGGUGAUAAGGUCAUCGUUUGUGACAAAUGUGGCAGGGGGUACCAUCAGAAAUGUCACACACCGAAGGUGCUGAAUCUGAACGGAACCUGGAACUGCCGAAGAUGUGUAGACCAGACGCAUUAUAUAAGAAAAAUGGAAAAUAGAAAUAUGCGGAGGGAAAUUAGAAGGAAUAGCACAAGUACUACAGCUGAAAUUGUCAACUCGGCUAGUGUAAUUCCUGCACCGGUUGUGGAGAAUCAAUUACCAUAUGAUCUGGAGAGUCUAACAUGGGAUGCAUAUCAUCGGAAGAAUGCCCAACAGACUUACUGUUAUUGUGGAGGCAACGGAGAGUGGAACAAUCAGAUGUUGCAGUGCAUCAGGUGUCGACAGUGGUUCCACGAAAGGUGUAUCGGGUGUCUGCAGUAUCCACUUUAUUGUGGUGACAGGUUUUACAUCUUCGUGUGCUCCUCUUGUAAUUUCGGAAACGAAUUUGUGAGACGUCUGGAAACAAAAUGGGUCGACAUAGUCCAUCUACUAUUAUUCAAUUUAACCUCAUACAAUAAUAUAAAAUACUUUGAUUUAGAUAACGUUAUUUUACCUUACGCUCAUGAUAAUUGGCAUGCCCUGCAAUUGACACCACAGAUGAAAGAUAUUCCACUAGCAGAAAUGCGCGAACAGAUUUUGUAUGCUUUAUCGAAUAAUAAGAAUCGAUUCAAAUGCGGAAGAGAGAACAAGAAGAAGGUAACAAUUUGGGGCUUACGAGAAAGGGUGCCUCCACCAGCUCCUUGUAUAAGUCUUAAUUUCUCGGGGGUUGUGACCGAUGCAAAUCUGCGAGAGGCUUUGAAGGGGAAUAAACGGAUGCAGUUUCUUGAUCGUACUCCUGUGAACAAAUCCACCAACAUGACACUCCAAUCAAUCAACUCGAAUACAUUCACCUCGAAUAGCAUAGCAAUGAAACGUCGUGAGAACAUAGUAGUUCCCUUAGACUCCAACAUGAUCUCCAUAAUGAAAGGCAACGCAUAUCGCCAAAAAAUUGCCAAAAACUCGGACUCCGAUUCAAUAUGUUCCCUCGAUGACAAUGAAGACAUGUUCAAAAAAGAGAACGACAGACAAGAAUUGAUGUCAGCAGACACCGAUGUCAGCGAGGACAUCAAAAUUCCUGAAGCUAGGAUAAUUGAAAGUGAUAAAAAGGAUGAGUUGAAAUUGAUAUUAAAGAUAGAGACUUCUGAAUCGAAGUUAACGGGUAGUAGAAGGCGUAAGAAUUUAAGAAAGUCUGUACGAGAAGAUAAAGCAAAAGCUGUGUGUCCACCGACACCACCUACGUCAGUAUCAGCACCUCCUACACCACCAGCAACAGGUUCCAAUUCAAACGACACCAACUAUUAUGUCAAUGAAAACUCCAAAGACUCCAGGUUAGAACCGAUGGACACGGAUAGUGUGGUCCAUCUGAAAUCCAUGUUCGACAGCCUAAAAUCAAUUAGACACGACCGAUGUGAUUCAUCAGAUGAGACUUCGUCCAGAUGCACCUUAGAUUCCAUUAUCCCGCCACCCAAGAAUUUCAGAGGGAAGAACAAUCCGUUCCAUUCGCCGCCUAAAAGUACAAAUCCUGAUCUGUUGAAGGGAAAGAAUAAAUUGAGUGCGAAGAAGAGGAAAAACAGUGUGGUGGCCAACUUGUUUGAUACCAGGCCUGCUGCUAGGACGCUGAAAAGGAAACUGAGUGAGAAGGAUUUAUUGAUUGGGGAAAAUGGAGAGGUGAAGAGGAAAAAGUUUAGGAAGUCGCGGGGGCGAAAUUCACUGCCAGAGAUGUCAAACUCAACAACAGCCUCCAAGACAGCCCUCUUCACGCCGCUUCACUCGACUGAAACAACCCAAAGAUCUCUCCGAAGCAGCCUCAAUGUGCCCCAAACAAGCAGCACUCCCAUCUCGAACUGCGUAGACUACGCCCUGAACGGCCGGAGACUCCGACAGCGCCAAGACAUCACCUACGCCGAAACAGGCCGAAGAAAUUCCACCAACGGACGUCUCUCGACACAAAUCAGUCAGAUCAGUCAGAUAGGACAAUCGGCCCCCGGGGGCAAAGUCUCCGAUGUCUGCAUGACCGAUCUGAAGAGCUCGGUGAAUGUUUACUUCGGUGCCAUGAAUAGGAUUCUGAAUGGUGAAAAGUUUGCAGUGCAGGGCAGGAGGAUCAACUCGGAUGGUAAGGUGCAGUAUUUGAUCGAAUGGGAAGGAGGACCAUCGUAAUGAGAUGGUGGAUCGAGGGAGGAUGUAUAAUGAAGGUACUUUUUUAUUCGUACUAUGUUUGAGUAAAGUGGUUAAUGUGGACACUUUUUGUAUAAAGUUAGGUAAUAGUUGUUUGAAGUUUUUGGCAAGUUUUGUUUGGCAUAAUCGAGUCGAAAAGGUUAUAUUGGAUAAAUUAUUUGGACAUGGACAGAAAAUUAAUUAGGUUGUUUGUUGAGUCACAAAAUGUAUACUUCAGAAAAAAAAAAUACAUCAAACGUUUUUUUCACAUUCUUUGG